GCUCAGCUUUCACUUUCAGUCUCUCUCCGCCUCUCACAGGCGCAGGAAGCAGGAAAGCUCCGCUCGGACCCAGCACCUCGCAGCCCAGCACAGCCCUGCCGCAGUCCCCGCAGCCCUUGGAGGUUCCCGCAGCCCAGCUCCGUUACCGGCUCGGUCCUGGGACAUCCCUGAUGGAAACUGUGGUAUCCUGCAUUUUUUCGUGCUUCAGGAUGGUGAAAUCCUGCCUGGCAGCCUGCUGGGCUGGGGCAGUGUUGUGCUGGCAGGUUUGGACCACAGGUAUCAGGUAUGACUCCAUAGGCGACCAUGUGCCAGCCGUUGAGACGAUUCACUUCAUGCUGUACAAGAGCAUCCCCGGGCAGGGAGAGGUCUUCCAGGAGGUGGCAGAGACAGCCCCGCAGCCCGGGGACAUCCUGCUCUUCCCCCUGAGCAGCUAUGGCUCCUGCAGCUCCCUCUUCAGACACGCAGCUGUCUGCUGUGGCGACGCCGAGGUCAUACACUUCCAGAACACGGAUGUCCAGAACAACGUUGGUCAGGUCAGCAAGGAAGGCUUCUGUGCAUUGAGAAGGGAAAGGGGGAGCUGCCUGAUGUACCGCAAAAGAGAUGGGAUCGAUCUCAAGGAGUUCCAUGGCAAAGUCCGGGAGGCAAUGCACAGCACAGGCAGCUAUUACCCAGGCACCAACAACUGCAUCCACUUUGCCCUCUGGCUUCUGGGCUUGGAGGGCUCCUACAUGCAUCUGGUGGAAGUCUCAGAUGAAGAUGGCAGAGGGAGGCUCUUGGUACUCGGACUCACACGCACACACACGGCACAGCCCAGCACUCGCACGGCAUUCGCAUCUGCACCGAUCGCAGUGCAGCAUCGAAGCUACAGCCGACUCGGCAGCGCUCUGAUCCUCGCCAGCCUUCGGAAGCCAAUGCCCAGCUUGGCCCGGACCCGCGGAGGCUCAGGCAGCGCGCCCCAAUCCACGAUAUUUAGGACUUUCAGAACUUAAUUCGGACAGUGAGUAACUGAGAAAACUUGAUCUAAAGACAGAAUAAUCUCUCAAAGCCUUCCAGUGGAACUCUCUCAAGCCACAGACUUGCUUCCUAAAUUUCUUCGAACUGUUGCUAAAUUCCUGACUUCUUGCACAUAGUCAUUCUGUAAUUUAAUUCGCAACUGCAUACAAAGAACUUACGUGGGAUAGUUAUAAAUAAGUUUGGGGAAGGGGAUUCCUAGUGUUUGUAAUAAUAAAUCUAUUUAAAUUCUUUCAAAUUUGGCCUCGCAUUUCAUUCCCCGAAACCCAGACAAACUUCUCUCCACAACACCAACCUGAACAGCCACAACUCUCUCCUGUAAGGGAGGUUCUCCAGCCCUUUGAUCAUCUCCACUAAACCCUCUGCAGCAGCUCCAGGUCGCUCUGGAGCUGGAGUCCCCAAAGCUGGGGGCAGUGCUGCAGAUGUGGUCUCAUCAGAGCACAUGAGAGGGGGAGAAUUCCCUUCCUGUACUGCUGGAUGCUGAGUGGCCUAGAUAAAAUUUCUCACCUGCUAGAAGAUUGGCUGGAGACUAACAAGAAGAACUCACCAGAAGGAGAAGACUCAGCACUAAUGCUAUUGGAAAACCAGAAGCUGCGAGUGAAGGCCCAGCAGUGAAAGGAUCUUGUCUAAGUAAAAUCAGCUUUUAAGAAUACAUCUCUGUUGUUGAGCUGUAGUUAAGAGCUGCAAUCUGCUCUCUUCAGGCUUUCAGCCUUCUGGAUUGCUGCCUGCCUCCCCAUGCUUGUUCUCUCAAUAAACCAAUGGAUGCCCAUGAA